CCACAUAUACGUUCUUCAGAUAUAAUCAUUUCUUCUAGGUCUCCAUAUCAAUCCAAACCCUUUCACAAAAGUCAAAUUCUUAUAUGAAAAAUGCCGGCUCCCAUAGGUUCAGAAGCUGGAAUCACUGAGGCUGAACCCCUCACUAGACUUCCAUUCGAACCUAUCACUAAAUCCCACAUCUUGAACUGCUCAUAUGACAAUUGGCAUGCAAAAUAUCGAUCCUCAACUCUCAAAUCUCGAAUCAUCCCUCUCACUUCAGAGUUCCUUUCAUAUCUACGGGAAGAUGGUAUAGUUCUUCCAUCUGAGAUUGCUACAUUUCCUCCACCAGAAACAUACAACAACAAUUCAACCAGUGAUGGCUGGGAUGAAGAUACAGAUACGGGUCCUGACCCCUCGGAAAAAUUCUCGGAGAUUCACAAGCAAAUACAAGAGACAAUCGCAGAACUUGGGGGAUCAGUGGUUCCCAAACUCAACUGGUCUGCUCCGAAGGAUGCUACAUGGAUUAGUUUAAAACAGAAUAGCAUGGAAUGCAAUACACCAAACGACAUUUACCUUCUCCUCAAAUCUUCCGACUUCAUUACCCACGAUCUAGAACACGCUUUCGACGGUUGUGCAGAGGAUCCGUCCAUUACGAAGGAAAAUACACAAUAUGUUUUAGUCUUACGGAAAUGGUUUAAAGUUAAUCCAUCAUGCGAAUUUCGAUGCUUCGUACGAGAUCGUAGAAUCAUUGGCAUAUGCCAAAGAGAUCUGAACUAUUUUGACUUCUUAUUUCCUCUUAUUCCAACUCUAAGAGAAGUCAUUCAAGAAUACUUUGAUAACACUCUCAAAGAUACCUUUCCAGAUCGUAACUUCUCAUUUGAUAUUUACCUACCGGAUCCUUUUGAUAAAGUACGGCUAGUGGAUAUAAAUCCAUGGGCUCCUCGGACGGAUCCACUCCUGUUCUCGUGGCUAGAACUACUCACCCUUUCUGUACCUUCGCCAUUACUUGGUGUGGCAGAUUCAGCAUCAGUUCCGCCAUUGCCUACUCAAAGUAGUGAUGAAGAUGAGGGAAGUGAUGAUGUUGAGGAACUCGGAUGGAUGCCCGAGUUCAGAUUAAUAAAGAAAGAUGACCCAGAAGCGUAUAGCUUUUCAAGUCCACAAUACAGUGCACAUAAGAUGCCACAAGAAGUGGUAGAAGCCGGUGCAAGUGGAGAGGGUGGUAUGAGAGAAUUUGCGGAUAAUUGGCAGAGGAUGUUGAACGGUGAGCUAGAAAUGAUGGGUGCUGGAGAAGAUAGUGAUGAUGAUGACGAUGACGAUGACGAUAAGACGACAAGGUAGAGGCAAUUCUUACUUGGGAAUGAUUACAAUAACACUUUUGCCAUCAAGAUCUGUCAUAUCUGCUUAAUUUGACGGGGCGAGAAUCUAAAAUUGUUCUUCAUGCACCGAGGCGUUUACGUGUGGGGCGAAUGUGUAGAAUCCAGAUUCAUCGGGAAUUCGGGCUUCCCCACAACGAUGAUUUAAUCGCAAGAAUCUUUGGUGGGUCAAAGAGCAAUAUCUUUGUAAUUCAAGAUGGAUUUGAAAUUUUCCAUCUUUGUUUUUUCUCCUUCAUUAUAUCAUAUUCCUUUUUCCA